GGCCGAGGCUGGAGGGAGCCCGUGGCCCGCGGAGGAGGAGGAGGCGGCGGAGGCGGCGGAGGAGGCGUGAAGGCUGGACGGCGCCUCUCUCUCGGGGCUGCCGGGUGCGCGCCGACUAUGCCAUGAGCGCCGCCGCCGCCGCCGCCUCUUCCUUGGAGCCGCCGAAAGCGCCGGAGAGCCGAGCCGCCGCCGCCGCCCCCUCGCCAUGCCCGGGCUGGGCUUCUGGCUCUGCUUGGUGGCGGCGGCCGCCGCGGUGGGGCUUUGCAGCGGCAGCCGGAAUUGCCCGGACCUGGUGGCUGAGAGCUGCCUCUGCGCCGCCGAGCGCUCCAAGGGCCCCGGCCGGCAGACGCUCCGCGUCAAAGUCGUCUGCAGCGGGGGCCACUUGGCGGAAACUUUGCCCCCCGCCUGGCUGCCCACCCGCACCGUCUCCUUAAUUCUGAGUAAUAACAAGAUCUUAUGGCUAAAGAGCAACUCUUUCAUUGGGCUGAGAUCCCUAGAGAGACUAGAUUUGAAGAAUAACUUAAUUAGUAACAUUGAACCAGGAGCCUUCUAUGGACUUUCAGAACUGAAACGUCUGGAUCUUUCCAAUAAUAGAAUUGGUUGUUUAACACCUGAAAUAUUUGUGGGUCUUAAAAACCUUCAUAAAUUGAAUUUAUCAGGGAACAUUUUUUCAAGUCUCACGAAUGGUCUUUUCUCUGAGCUUUCCGCUUUGAAGGCCUUGCAUUUCUAUACUGAUUCCCUCAUUUGUGAUUGUAAUCUCAAAUGGAUCUUAUCCUGGGCUACAAAUUCCUCAGUGCGGAUAUCAGAGGAAACCGUUUGUGCUUUUCCAAGGAGUCUACAAGGAACAUCAUUUCGCAAUCUGAAAGAAAAUCAGUUGAUAUGUGCUGGUCCAUUGGAGUUGCCUCUUUUUGAAUUGAUACCGUCACAGAAACAGGUGGUUUUUCAUGGUGAUCGCUUGCCAUUUCAGUGUACAGCAACCUACCUCGACAUUACGACACAAGUGCAUUGGUAUCAUGACGGUCGCUUGGUUGAAACUGAUGAGGAAAGAGGCAUGUUUGUGGAGGAGGCCAUAAUACAUGACUGCUGUUUAGUUACCCGGGAGCUUAUCUUAUCCAGUAUUGAUAUUGAUGCAACUGGAAUGUGGGAGUGCUUGAUUAGCAAUUCCUACGGAAGCAUUUCUAAGCAGGUGGAAAUCGUUGUACUAGAAACAGCCGCACCUUAUUGUCCUGCUGAGAGAGUAAUUAACAAUAAGGGAGAUUUCAGGUGGCCUAAAACUGUGGCAGGUGUAACCGCUUACCAUUCAUGUUUUCAGCAUUCCUUAAGAUCAGCCUCCUUUCUGAAUGGGGAAGAAAAGCUAAAAGCAUGGCGUAAUUGUAACCGCACAGGUUGGUGGGAUGAAGAAAACUAUUCCCAAUGUCCUUAUUCACAGGAAGUGACUCAAAUCCUUCAUGCUUUCAGUCAGAGGCAUCUAAAUGCUACCAAUGCACUGGAAUUUUCCCAUCAGCUAGCAGCUUUCACAAGAGACGCUGCCAAAUUUGCAGAUAAGGAGGAUGUUAUCUAUUUAGCUUAUAUGUUGGAAAAACUAAUUCUAUAUAUGGAAGAGAUCAAAGACCAGCUCGCAGAUGCUGUCAUAGAGAUUGCCAGCAAUAUAAUGCUGGUAGAUGACCAUGUAUUAUGGAUGGCACAAAAGGACAAGAAAGCAUGUGCAAGAAUUGUGCAGUGUGUAGCACGCAUUUCAAAUCAAACCCUGAGCAGCAAUGCACAGCUUGUAUCAAAGGUUUCUCUUAACAUUGCUCUGGAAGCCUUUUGGAUCAAGCCAUCCGUUUUCGUGGGCAUGACUUGCAUUGCUUUCCAAAAACUACCCGCUAAUCCAGAGAAGUUGCUGAGUUCUGGCACAAAGAGCAGAGAAACAGACCAAUCCUUGAAUUUUAAGUGCAACCCUGGAAAUCAAAAUGCCUCUUUGGUGAAUUUCUCUUCCGUGGUGAAUGCUGUGGCGAUAGCUUCCGUUCAUCUGCCACACUCUGCCUUCCCUUCAUCUGCAGCCUGGCAAUCUGUUGAUAACUCCUCUUGCAAGCUACAGUUUAUUGCUUUUCGGAAUGGAAAACUCUUUCCCAACACCGCAAACUCGUCUCACCUUGCAGGCUACGGGAAGCAGAGGGUCGUUGGCACGCCCGUAGUCUUCGUUAAAAUAGAUGGGUGCAAUUUCGGAAACCUCACCAGUCCUCUUAUUAUAACGCUGAAGCACUUUACCCAGGGCAUAAACCCCAUUGCGGUCUUUUGGGCUUUUGACCUUCUGGAUGGACAUGGAGGCUGGUGGGGAGAAGGGUGCCACAUAAUUAGCUCUGCAGACAAUAUUACCACUCUUCAUAGUACUCACUUCGGUAACUUUGCAGUGCUAAUGGAUCAGAAGACGGUGUGGCCCCUAUCCCAAUACCCAGGGGAGUUCCUGCACCCUGUGGUUUAUGCAUGCACUGCGGUUAUGUUAUUGUGCCUCUUUGCUUCAAUUAUCACCUAUAUUGUUCAUCACGGCACAAUUCGAAUCAGCAGAAAAGGCUGGCACAUGCUUCUCAACUUCUGUUUCCAUUCUGCUCUCACUUUUGCUGUUUUUGCUGGUGGAAUAAAUCGUGUAAAAUAUCCAGUUAUAUGUCAAGCGGUUGGUAUUGUACUGCAUUAUUCUACACUUUCUACAAUGCUUUGGAUUGGAGUGACAGCAAGAAAUAUUUAUAAACAAGUUACAAAAAAGCCUCAGACAGCCCAAAACAGUGAUCAACCUUCUUAUCCCAAGCAGCCAUUGCUCAGGUUCUAUCUGAUUGGUGGAGGAGUUCCUUUUAUUAUCUGUGGAAUUACUGCAGCAAUCAACCUAAAUAAUUAUGGGAUAAAAAGUUACGCCGGAGCUCAGUUCUGUUGGAUGUCCUGGGAGCCAAGCCUUGGUGCAUUUUAUGGCCCGCUGGCGUUCAUUCUUCUGGUAACAUGCGUUUACUUCCUCUGCACCUUUGUGCAAUUGAGGCGUCACCCGGAACGCAAGUAUGAAUUAAAGGAAAGGAUAGAAGAUCAGCAGAGGUUGGCGAGUCCCGAACUUGGCCAUAGUCACAUGACAGACAUUGGGUCCGUUUCCCAGGCAACCUGCUCAAUGAUGUCUUCAUCCUUGUUGGAAAACGAGCACUCCUUCAAGGCUCAGCUCCGAGCUGCUGCUUUCACCUUGUUUCUCUUUACUGCUACCUGGACUUUCGGCGCCCUGGCUGUUUCCCAAGGACAUUUCUUGGAUAUGAUCUUUAGCUGCCUCUACGGAGCGUUUUGCGUCACCUUGGGGCUCUUCAUCCUCAUCCACCACUGUGCGAAGCGAGACGACGUGUGGCAUUGCUGGUGGUCCUGCUGCCCUUCUCGAAGGAACACCUACUCAGUGCAACUUAACGUCCGUCCCAAAGUUAACGUCAACGGCGAAAGCCAAGCUCAUGCCUCAUGCCUUCAAGAAUCGCCGUGCCCAAGUAAAUCUGCCCUCUUUAAUCACCCGGCCGUCAGUCACUGCAAACUCACUAAUCUACAGGCCGUUCAAAACCACGUCAACUGCCUUUCGCCGGUCACUCCGUGUUGUGCAAAAAUGCAUUGUGAUCAGCUCCUGGAAGAUGAGGCUCAUAUUCAUGUCCACAACGAAGGGACUUUCCGACCCAACAUGCACAUCCACAGGUGUUUGAAAAGUAGAACUAAGCCACGGUAUUUUAGCCGGCAUCGAUCUGCAGGAGAAAGGGAGUAUGCUUACCACAUCCCUUCAAGCAUUGAUGGCAGCAUACACAGCUCACAUACAGACAGUCCCCAUAGCACCCAUGACAGUCACUCCGGCCACAGGCGGGCGUGUUGUGCCAAAAACAGUCCCUAUCCCACCAUCACUCAGCCUGAGAGUAGUGAUUCAAGUACUGUGAUCUACAGUUGUGCUAAAGUCCCAGAAACUGAGACAGGCCCUCAUUUUGAAAUGCAUCCACGGACACAAUCCUUGCCGUUUAGCACAACCAGCCACAAUGGGAUCCUAAAGGGAAACUUGCACGAAGCCAUGAUCUACAGCUCAGAUAGUACAGGGAAUAUCAAAACGGGGCCCUGGAAGAAUGAAACUACUGUGUAGUUGCGGUGGGCCACAUUUCUCAGCUUGCAGCUCAAAGCAUCUUGGACUGCAAAGCCAUGUACAGCAAUUUGGGAGUCGGCCCCGUUAAAUUCAGUGGGCUUGCUACUUCUGAGUAGACCUAGGUAGGUUUGUCCUGUCGGUCUUCGCUUUCCUUCUAAACCGAGUUAAAUUCUACGUCUUUGUGUGACACCUGAGAUAACUGUACAGGUUUUCAACCUUUUUUUCCUCUUAAUAAGAAGAGGCUUUUAAAAAAGCAGCCUCAAAAUUAUUUUCGGAAGAACGACAGAGUAAUGUUUAAGGGGGGAACGAAAAUGUGAACCUAGGAAGCAGACGGUGAGGGGUUACCACAAGUAGUGCUUGACUUAUGACCACAGUGGAGGUUGGAAUUUCUGUCAUGUGUUGAGAGGGAACCAAUUUUACGACCAAUUUUGACGGUGGUCAUUGUGAAUCAAUUGCAAUUGUUAAGCAAAUCACACGGUUGCUAAAAUCUAGCUUCUCCAAUGGGCCUUUUUAAUAUAACUUUUUUGCCCAAAAUCACAUAGCAGCAACUGGUCAUAAAUGUGAAUUAGUUGCCAAGCACUCAGAUGGUGGCCACAUAACCAUGAGGGUAAGGCAAGAGUGGUAAAUGCAAGUUACUUUUUCCAGGGCGCUUAACUUUGAACCGUUGUUAAACAAAUGGUCAUAAGUGGAGAACUACCUGUAUCAUGCAAUGUGGUAUUGUUUUCCUUUUAUUUUUUGUUUAAAAAAAUCUGGGCAUCAGAUACAUUUCUACACAUAUCAGCAUCACACCCUUCCCUUGAUUAUUUUUUGCAACAAAAAAUGGUCUUUAUUUAAUUUUUUUGAAGUCAGCAGAAGAAGAAAGGAUUUUAUAACCAGCCUAACACAGCUUUUUAGGCCUACGAAAAUGAUAACUGCCUCUAAAAACAUCUUCUGUAGCCUUUGGCGUGUGAAACCAUGUAGUGUAUGUCAUUGUUCCGUCUUCUUUCUCUUUGGAAGGGAAACACUAGGUAAAAGUCCUCCGUUAACAUCUGCAAUGCUGUACUGGUUGUAAAUUUUUUCUCCCCCGGUGUUAAGACUAUUGUUAUUAGUAAUACUAUUUUUAAUUUCUGCAUGACCCCCGUCAGGAUAAACGCCAUUUGUUGUUUUCUAAUGUUGCAUAUGUACAAAGGGGGGGGAAAAACAACACCCUAUUGUAAAAGGCUGUGACUAUCCGUGUUGGUAUUAAUCUAGAGCAUUUUUGACUCUACGAAAAGAGAAAAAAGGGGGGGUGUGGAAAUCUUCUGCAUUCCUUUAAGUGGCACAAUCCCUUUCUAUGAGGUUAAAAGGUUGCUUUGAUAAGGGUGCGCUCUGAUGCUUCUGCAAAGCAUGUCCCAUUGAACGUGGCACUGUGUAUGUCUCUAGUAUGUCUCUCUCUCCACCAGUGGUCCAUUUGCCUUUGGGAAUCAACCUGCCAGUAAGUAGCCCCCAUCAUCAUCAGUCCAGGCAAAGUAGCCCUUCCCCAUUAACUCUUUGAGGAGUGCAAUUAUCCACUCAAGAACUAAACUAAGAUGUCAGCAGCCCGAGCUGAGCACUUUGAAAAAUGCGUUGAUGUUCGUGAGAAAGGCAGAACCUGAGCACUGGCUUGCAAUUUUUUAAAAACAAACAAACCCUGAAACCCAAAGUGCUUAACUUUGAUUGGAUUGUUUCCUGACAAUAUUUUCUGGAUUGGAGGGAGGACUUAUGCGUGCAUUGCUAUGCGAUGAUCGCCAUCAUCAUCAUCGUGGCAAUCCAGUCCAGGAGUAGCUAGUAAAAGCUUUGGGACCAUUCAAAGCAAACUCCUGGCCCCCCCUCAUUGCUAAGGAAAUGCAUAUAUAGGACUUCACUGUAACAAAACGUCACUUUUAAGAGCAGAUGUUUAAAUUAUGCUGUAUUCAGGAUGAAAUCACUUCCUUCGUCACGCCUUUUUAAUCCAUUGCUAAAACAAAAAAAAACAAAAAAAUGGGGUUGCCUUUAUAUUUUCCAUACAUAUUUGACCCUUUCACUGAUUUAUGCUGUUCGGAUCUAUUAAUCUCAAGGGCCAGCAUUACUUCUCUCUGUUCAUGAACUUUCAGCAAAAAAAUGUUUUGUUUAUUUUUUUUAGGGGGGGGGAGAAAAAAAAAUCUAUCUAUGAAUAUCUGAACACGUUGCACUAAUAAACAUGAAUAAGAGCA